ACUUGUUUGGUGAGUUGAAAACCCUUCGUCGUCAUGCACAGGACCGCGCACGCGCCUCUGCAGUUUUAUGAGAAGUUGGCCAGAGUGAUGAACUCAGACCAGGAAAGGCCAUACGUGUGCAGCGCUCCUGGCUGUUCUCAGCGAUUCCCCACGGAGGACCAUCUGAUGAUACAUCGACACAAGCAUGAGAUGACCUUGAAGUUUUCCUCGAUAAAGAGCGACAACAUGUUAUCAGACCAGACACCCACACCAACACGUUUCCUGAAGAACUGUGAGGAAGUUGGACUGUUCAGUGAGCUGGACUGUUCUAUUGAACAGGAAUUCUGCAAGGCCCAGGAAGAAGAAGACAGCAAACAGACCAUCUCACUGCACAGCCAAGCAGGCCAAGGCCAACACCAGCAGUCCCAUUCACGGAUGUCAAACCAUGACACCAGCAUCGUGAUCCAGCAGGCCCUGCCAUCGCCGCAGUCCAGCUCCGUCAUCACUCAGGCUCCAUCCACCAACAGACAGAUAGGGCCUGUCCCCGGCUCUCUGUCCUCGCUGCUGCAUCUACGGAACAGACAGAGACAGCCUCUGCCAGCCUCCAUGCCUGGAACCCUGCCAGACCCGACCAUGCCUGGCUCCUCCGCCGUGCUCAUGCCCAUGGAGCGACAGAUGUCAAUGGGCUCCACUAUGAUGGGUAUGCAAGGUCCCGCCCACAACAGCUCCUGCUCUUCUAAUCACAUUCCCUCCAUGCAUUCAGAGGCUAAACUGAGGCUGAAAGCUGCACUUUCACACCACCCUGGUGCCAUCGCCAACGGAAACAUGAACUCCAUGGGCCACAUGAUGGAGAUGAUGUCAUCGCGGCAAGAACAAGGGGCCCACCAUCACAUGCACUCGCACCCGCAACAGCACCUGCAAGCUCCUCCACAUGUGUACCACCACCACGGCCAUCAUCACCACACCCACAGUCACGGCCAAGGUGGACACCAUCACCCGCAGGGACACAACCCGCAUCACAACUCCCACAAUUCCCACCUUCAUCCCGGCCACCCGCACCAGACCUCACCGCACCCAUCAAUGCACUCUGCGUCACAGAUGUCACCCGCAACCCAGCAGAUGCAGCCCACACAGACGCUGCAGUCGCCGCCUCCCAGCGGUGGGCGGCGCCGGCGAGUGGUGGACGAAGAUCCGGAUGAACGUCGACGGAAAUUUCUGGAGAGGAACAGAGCGGCGGCGACGAGAUGCAGGCAAAAGAGAAAAGUGUGGGUGAUGUCAUUAGAGAAGAAAGCAGAGGAGCUCACUCAGACCAACAUGCAGCUUCAGAAUGAAGUAACCAUGCUAAAAAAUGAGGUGACCCAACUAAAGCAGCUUCUCCUCACACAUAAGGACUGUCCCAUCACUACUAUGCAGAAAGAGUCCCAAGGUUACCUCAGUCCAGAGAGCAGUCCAGCCGGCAGUCCAGUGCCCGUGUGCUCCCAGCAGCAGGUCAUUCAGCACAACACCAUCACCACAUCCACCACAACUGUAGGGGGCAGCAGCGUGCAUGGGCAAGCAAACCACCGCACAGACAUUAACCCCAUCCAUUAAGGACAAAAGAGACUAAGAGACCCAGGCUGUAACCCUGAUCCCCUUGCCUGUCAGUACAGAUGUACACGCUGCCCCCCUCCCCUUCCAUCAAGAAAAACCUCAAAGGCCUCUAAGGCUGUUCUUUUUACAGUAGCUACAGUGUGUAUUUUUAUAGACCAGUCCUAUUAACACAUAAAUGUUCUAUGGUUUUUGUCUUCUUUUAUUUAAUGUGCUUUUAUUUUCCAUAGUUGAAAGAGAAUUGUGUUGAUCUCAUGCAACAUUUAAGUGUCUUUUCUGUUGUACAAUGGUACAAACUGGCCAAGGUGGUCUGCAGAGGAAAGAUGUAAACCCUGCAGGUUCCCAUCGCUGUGAUUAGUCUCUACAUCUUUGUAUUACUGAUGGAUUGAACACAGAGGAGGAUUGUUCUCGGUAUUUCACAAGUUUACAGUAGAUUGAGUAAAUUCAUCAUCACGCAGGGUGUGUGAUCAGGCUAAUGACGUGCGCUGCCUAUAAACAGACACGCCCCUUUUACAUUUUAUUUUUCAUCACAUCAAGUCAAACUAAGAAAUUCAUUCUUCUUUAUGCAGUUUUUUAAAAAGCUUUUUCAUCUUAAAGUAAAAAGAAACACCAGCAGCAUAAUCGAAAUGAAA